GUGGGUGUGUGUGUGGGGGUGUGUGUGUGUGUGUGUGCGCGCGCUAAGGACCGCCGAGAGCGCGCAUCCUGACGGCGAGUGGAGCCCCCAUUCUCAAAUGAGGGCUGCUCGCUCCCGCCGCACGGCAAGUGAGCGCGCUUGAGGGGCUGCGGUCCCAUUGACGGUUCCGUCUCCCUGACAGCAGCAUCAGCAGCAGCAGCAGCAGCAGCGGCGGCGGCGGAGCUGGAAAACAAGAAGUUACCGCCUCGCCCCUCAGCCACAGGAGCCAGCCGAGCGCGCCGACCGGAGAGAGCCGUCUUCAGGGAGCCCUCCUCCCCCUCUGCCUGGCCACAAGGACGGAAACGAGGUCCUCUUUCCCGUGCGCCAGCGUCCCGACUGACCGCCGGAGAUAUGGGCUCACCGUAAAACGGAGGUGGUGGAGGGGAGAGGCGGGCGGGUGGGCGGUGGGAGGGGGUGGGGGGAGAAGACAGCGGAGCAGCAAGAGGGAGGAGAGGCUGAAAACGGCAACGGGAACCGAAGCGCUAAGGCCACAGCCACCGCAGCUAACACCACCCCGGGCGCCCCCGCCACCGCCAUGGGAACUCCACAUCAGCCGCUCCGACCGCCGCUCCAUCAGUUGGCCAUGUCGUGAUACGUGGGCUCCUCCAGCGGGUUUUUCAUCCGUGAUCCGACAGGAGGGAGGAGAGGAAGGAGGAGAAGGAAGAGGAGCCGGGAGUGAAGGAAGGUGGUGGUGGUGGUGGCAGGGAAGAUGUUCGCCUCGGUGGGCCCUCGGGGCGGCCCGCGCCCACCCGCCGCUCCGGCCAUCCCGGAGCCGGACCUCAGCCAUCUGACGGCGGAGGAGAGAGACAUCAUCAUGUCUGUGCUGGCUCGGCAGCGGGAGGAGGAAGCUAAGGAUGAGGCCAUGUUAAAGGAGGAGAAGCCGAUUCAAGCGAGGACAGUGAACCUGGUCCGACAGACGAAGCCUCCACCGCAAAAUGACGUCCGAGGUAUCCAGCAGCAGCUCUCCAGCUACCGGGAGACAGUGAUCCGGCAGGCCACGGCGGCGGCGGGCUCAGCCGUUCAUCGGGACGACGCGCCAACCUGCGGCAUCUGCCACAAGACCAAGUUUGCGGAUGGUUGCGGGAACCUGUGCUCGUACUGCCAGACCAAGUUCUGCGCUCGCUGUGGGGGAAGAGUGUCCCUGCGGUCCAAUACGGAGGACAAAGUGUUGGCUCCAUGUUCCUUAUUUUGUGGCCAAAGGCAGCCCACAGUGGGAGAGGCAAGCUGCUCUCUGGUGAUAUGGGUGUGCAAUAACUGCAGAAAGCAGCAGGAGAUCCUUACCAAGCCAGGCGACUGGUUCACUGGUCCCCCAGGGAAGCCCUCCGGUCUCGGUUCUGCUGUCAGCGAGCCGUCUGUGUGCCAAGUGUCUCUGGAUAAACUGAGAUCUCGCUCCCAGGCACCCACAGGCUCAACAGGGACAAUUCAAGACCGAGCGAGUACGCUGGGGACCGCGCCGGGGACAGACGCUCGGUCACUUAGUGAGCCACCUCGGGACAGGAGAAAUGGACGCGGAGGCAGUGGGACGGGUCGGGGGGAGCGGCGGUCAGGCCAUCCGAGGCUGCAGACCCAGGUCUCCAUGGACCGGGACCUUCGAGGGGAGCGCAAGGAAGGCUGGCAGCUGUCAAAGGGGCGGUCUCUGGAGCACGACCCUGUGGGAGGAGGCGCCAGCGUUAGAAGGACAGGGGAGGGCGGUUAUCAGCAGGUGGGCAACAGCGGGGGUCCCCUUCGACAAGCGGAGCCUUUCCCUUCAGGAGGCAGGGGUCAGGCUGUGCCGGGUCGAGGCACGGGGAGCGCUACAGGCGAGGUCGGGGACACUACUCGACCUGGACAGAGGACGGUGGGCGGGACACCGGCCGUUUCACAGAAAGCCCCUCCUCCUGAACUCAGAGUACCUUCAGUUUCGGGACCUGAAACGGGUCUCAGCCCGGGUGCCGGGGUGAAACGGACCAAGCGAGACAAGGCUGAAAGCAUGCUGCGCAAUGAUUCGCUAAGCUCCGACCAGUCCGAAUCUUUGCGGCCGCCUCCGCCACGACCCUACAAGUCCAAACGAGGGCUGGGGUCCGGGGGGAAGAGACAAACUUCUGUCAGCAGUUCGGAGGAGGAAGGUGGAACUACACCAGAGUACAGCAGCUGCGACGACGCUGAGAUCGAAAGCAUAAGCGAGAGAGGAGACUGGGAGUGCAAUCCACAUGACCCCACAGGGUGGCAUCAUCCUGUAACCUGGCAGCCAUCCAAAGAGGGAGACCAUCUAAUUGGACGAAUCACCCUCAGCAAGAGAAGUGCUACCAUGCCUAAGGAGGCUGGGGCUUUGCUCGGGCUAAAGGUGGUAGGAGGGAGGGUCACUGAGUCAGGGAGAUUAGGUGCCUUCAUCACCAAAGUCAAGAAGGGCAGCCUGGCCGACGUUGUGGGACAUCUCCGAGCAGGGGAUGAAGUUUUGCAGUGGAACGGGAAGCUGUUGCCAGGGGCGACCAUGAAGGAAGUUUAUAACAUCAUCCUGGAGUCUCAAGCCGAACCUCAGGUGGAGCUGGUGGUGUCCAGGCCUAUUGGGGUUUAUAGAAAAUAUCAUGAUAUCCCAAGAAUCCCCGACACGUCCCACCCUCCAUUAGAAUCCACAGGUUCCAGUUCUUUUGAGUCCCAGAAGAUGGAGAGACCAUCUUUAAAUGUCCUGUCUCCCUCCAGUCCUGGGAUGCUCCGAGAUGCUCCUCAGCUGAUGCCAGGGCAGCUAUCGGUGAAGCUGUGGUACGACAAAGUAGGUCACCAGCUAAUAGUCAACGUGCUGCAGGCUGCGGAGCUUCCUCUUCGUCCCGACGGACGCCCCAGGAGUUCUUAUGUAAAGAUGUACUUCCUCCCUGACCGCAGUGACAAAAGCAAACGAAGGACGAAAACAAUGAAGAAGACCUGCGAGCCCAAGUGGAACCAGACCUUCGCCUACACCCACGUCCAUCGCAGGGAUUUCCGCAACCACAUGCUGGAGCUGACGGUGUGGGACCAACCCAGGUCACCUGAGGAGGACAGCACCUUUAUGGGAGAGAUCUUGAUUGAGCUGGAGACGGCCUUACUUGACGACAAGCCUCACUGGUAUCCCCUCCAAACCCACGACGUCUCAUCGAUCCCACUCCCCCGGCCGUCCCCCUUCCUGCCCCGACGACACACAGACGCACCUGGCAAGAAGCUGCAGCGUUCUCAGCGUGUAACAGAGCCUGAGUUUGAUGAGCAUACAGCAGUAGUCUCUAAAGCAGCAGACGGGCGUGGUAGAGAGAGACAACGGGAGCCCUCGUCUACCCUGGAGGUUCCUAAUCAGCAGCGAACGCCUUCCCAUCACAUCCGCUCCCGCUCCGUUUCCCCGCACCGCGAGGAGCAGGGGCGCACCAUCCGCUCCCGAGCCCCCAACGUGCCCACCCAGAGGAGUUUGGACGACGAGCUUCCUCACUCUCGCCGCUCCCGUUCUCCAAACCGCUACGGCGACAACUCCAGAGGCCGCCGUCAGGGGGAAGAGUACCUGGAUGACAGUGAGGUCAUCUUGAUCCACCAGUCAAUGCGAGGCAAAAGUGCUGAGUGCCUGCACACGAGUGAUCUCCAGCCAUCUCUGGACAGGGUUAAGAGUGCUAGCGCCAACUGUCUCACUCCAGACAAUCAUGCCCCCUCACCAGAGACUGAAAGAAAAUCUUUCUCCCAAUCCCUGCCUCGAAGACGUCCAGCGAGUCCCAGGAUUCUUAUCCAACAUGCUUCCCCUGAAGAUGACAGAAUAUGGAUGCUACUUCCCUCUCAAGAGACUUUAAUUCAACUCAGUACAAAGAAGAGGCAGCCUCGGACCCUGGAAGCCCCUGAAUGUCAGACUCUUGGCAGGAAGCGGUCUGACAGCGGCAGGGGCCAUUUGCACGGUGGUGCAUCUCUUUCCUCGGCGGCGGCAGCCUCGGCGGCACGGAGAGUGAGGCAGCUGCCACAGCUUCCACCCCAGAGCAGCUCUGUAGAUCAAGCCCUGGUAGCAGAGGAGCGUGUUCGUCAGCUCCAGAUGAGGGUUCAUUCUAACCGGGUUUCAGCUGCCACCACCUCAAGCCAACAGGACCUGGACCGAGCCCUCAAGAACAAACGAGAGCUCUACAAGGACCAGAGGAGGAGCAGUGAAAAUGUAUCCCAUAAGUCCUCAGACAGUGAUGUCAGUGACGUGUCAGCCAUCUCUCGAACCAGCAGUGCCUCUCGCAUCAGUAGCACCAGCUACAUGUCCAUCCAGUCAGAGAGACCCCGGGGACGUUUCAGUCGAGCUAUUCGUGCAUCGGGCCGCCACAUGCUGAAGAGCACCAGCGUGAGCGGUGAGAUCUACGGCAUGGAGCACGCCGACGGUAGCCAGUCGGACACGGCCCUGGGGAGUCUGGGCAGCGGGAUCAAGAAACGGCGCUCCAGUCUGAGCCAACGGGUCGUUGCCAUCCUGCCGUCGAGACGGAGCCGGAGUACUUCACAGCUCAGCCCGACAGAGGCAGCGGGUAAGGCGGCGGACAGACAGAAAGAGGCGCCGACGGGGAAGAAGGUCAGCAAGGCGGGCAGCAGCACCAUCCAGAGGAGCGUGGAGACGGGGAUGGCGGUGGAGUUUCCCCGAGGAGGAUCAGCCAUGAACCGCCAGGCCAGCAGGGAGUCCACUGAUGGCAGCAUGAACAGCUACAGUUCUGAGGGGAAUUUGAUCUUCUCAGGGAUGCGAUUGGGAGCCGACAGCCAGUUCAGCGACUUCCUGGACGGAUUGGGUCCCGGUCAGCUGGUUGGCCGCCAAACGCUGGCAACACCUGCAAUGGGUGAUGUUCAGAUCGGGUUGAUGGAUAAGAAAGGUCAGCUGGAGGUCGAGGUGAUCAGGGCGCGAGGCCUUACCUCUAAACCGGGCUCCAAGUCCCUCCCAGCUCCUUAUGUCAAGGUCUACCUGCUGGAAAACGGAACAUGUAAAGCCAAAAAGAAAACCAAGAUUGCACGCAAGACCCUGGAGCCGCUCUACCAGCAGCACUUGCUCUUUGAAGAAAGUCCUCAGGGCAAAGUGCUUCAGGUGAUAGUGUGGGGCGACUAUGGACGAUUGGACCACAAAUGUUUCAUGGGUGUAGCACAGAUCCUGCUGGAGGAGCUGGACCUCUCAAGCACGGUGAUUGGCUGGUACAAACUGUUUCCACCGUCCUCACUGGUGGACCCUACAUUAGCUCCGCUCACGCGGCUGGCGUCUCAGACGUCGCUGGACUCAGGACCACCGCCCGGCGUUCGGUCCUAGUGACCGAGUGGCGAACGCUCACCCCUAAACAACCCUGACACGAUCAGAGAAUGGACCACAGCUGCUGGACCACACCUGAGCAGAGGGCGCAGACGCAGCCCGAGUACGCCACCGAGGAGACGCCCUCGGGGGAAUCAACGAGAAACCAGACAGAGAGCCAGGGAACAAGAGAGAGAAAUGAGAGAGGGAGAGACAGAACUAGCCAAUCAAAUGCUUAGCUGGAGUCUGACAAUCACGUCUCACACCUUCCCUCUUCCUCCUCCUUCUUCCAUCUUUUGUUUUCAGCAUCUUUGCCUUCUUUGUUUUCUUCUCUGAGCUGCAGCUGUGGAGCUUUCUGUCCAACCUCAUCUUUUCUUUUGUUUCUCCCUGAUUUCAAGUGCGGCCUUUGCAGGAGCUCCCUGUCAAGGUGGUGCUCCGCAGCCAAUCAGAGCACGGCUUUAUCUUCCGUCAAAAGAGAAGCAAACUGUUGGAGUUUCAUGCAGCUGAUUGCAGAGUUUGCUUGUUGACUGUGCAGAUGUUAACCUUAGGGGCAGCAGUUUGACACAGAGUGGUAAUCGUUUGGGAGAGGCAGCACAUUCGCAUCCAUGUUGUUAAAAAUGAAAAGAAGCACAAGAAGAAAAGCUUGACUCAUUCGUUCAGGCAGAAUCAUAGAAAAUGUUCUGUCUAUAAGAGAAAACAUCGGCCAAAUAAUUUAUCACCUUUUCAUUUCCAGCCGUCAUUCCUGUUUGGGUUUCACCUGCAGUUCAGAUUGGUACCACUAGGUGCAGACUCCCUCUGUAUAUUUGUAUGUUUGGUUUUGCGAGCGGUGCCGAACAAAACGGUCACUCCAGCUCAAACUCGCCUUCUUCACCCAUCCAACAAACUCUCCUCCCUAUUUACCCACCAACUCCGCCCCCUGCUGGAGGGAGCAGCAUGACUCGGGGGACGCCACCCCGCCCCAAACCCCCCGCCCCGCCCCGCCCGGCCUGGCCCCAAGCUGCAUGCGCGUUUCUUUCAUUUCCGUUUGUUCUGUUUUUUUUUGUUUUGUUUUGUUUUGGUUUUUUUUAACGUUUUCGUUCUCUACCUUUUUUUGUGAAGUUGAAAGACGAGACUAAAACUGAACCGAAGCAAUUCUCAAAAAACAAAAGCCGAAAAAAAUAAAAUAAAACAAACAAAAAAAAAAGACUAGAUUAUGUGUGUUAGUUCCACAUACUUUUAGGCCAGCUUGUAUGUUGCAUGUUCUUGUACAGUUUGCUCGUACUGAAUAUGAAUACAGAGAAAAGCCAAGCCAUCCCCGUCCCCGAUAGGAGCGGACCAAUAAGAAGCGCGGCGAGGAUUUGGGGGGGCGGGAUCAGCUGCACUCAGGCCACGCCUACCGAGCUGGGUCGAAAUAUUAACACAAGACAGUCUCCGUCUUUGUUGAGUUUUUCUUUUUUCUUUUCCUCAAACCCGAUGAACAACAGUGCUGUUCUGUAGUACUGAGCAUUCUUGAGCCCCUGUAGGCAUCUAAACUAGUUUCAGACAGUCGGGGCUAGAGGCAGAGAUAUAGAAUGUGUGUGUAACAGCUAAAUGUAUAUGAAGUAUCAUUAUGAGUUUGACAGAAAUUAUAAAAGAUAUAGCUAUAUGAAUAUAAAAGAGUGUAUCUGACUGCACACUUCCUCAGCCCACACACACACACACACACACACACAGCUUGUACAUACUAAUCAGAACAAGCGGCUUUAACUGAGGAUUCGAACAAAUCAAAAAUCGCAGAUACACAAACAUUCCCUGGUCUUGUUGAGAGGAAUUUACUUCUGGUGCUUGAGCUGCUGAGCGGUGCUGAGCCACAAGGGGGCGAUAAUAGGCCUUUAUUCCGGAUCCGUUUGCAGGAAAAAAAAGAAAUAAUAAUAAUAAUAAAAAGAAGCAGACCCAAUUAUCUUAAAUCAACCUGACUAUGGUCUGGAAUGGACUUCUGAACCGACGAGAAAUCUAGUUUUGCAGACAUAUUUUGCAGAUGUUUUCGUUCAUCCUUGGCGGUGUGGCCGACUGCCCUUUCCUUUGUCAGUAUUACUUCAGGAAUACUGAUUGUUUACAGCCCAUGGUUCCCAAACCGCGAUUCUUGAUGAAAGACAAAGUAUUCACUGCAACAGUUCUUGUUUGUAUAACAGAUGUGGCUCUACUGAUGUGUAUGUUUUAUAUUCAAGAGUUCAUUUUUAUUAUUUACAAAUAAAAGACUGUGUGGAAGAAGAGCCUGGCCUUCUUUAAUCACCGAUGUCUCAAACUAUUGAGAAGCAGCUGACAGCAGAGAUAAUUUUACAUGUUAUCAGGUUGAUUUUGUUGCAUUCUGAGUUUUUUUUUAAAUGUUGGUAUCUGUACAGAUUUGUAAAAAGCAGAGUUCUCUUAUUUCAACAUUGUUGCAUAUUCUUUUUUUGCUAUUAUGACCACAUUGAGUUUUCUGUAACUUUUUACAGGAUUGGAGCGAACCGACAGAGGGAUCUUCGACAGUCUCCAGACUGUCGUGUUUUCUCUUUUGCCCUCUUCAGUUCAGAUCAACUGGCUGGUUUUCUUCGGGAUUUUGAUUUGUCGACUGAAAAAAGACCGUAAUGUCCUCGGAUGAAGAUCCGAUGUGUCCAAGAUAUUUGACAACCACUGCUUGGACUCUUGCUGAGACUCAGACUUUGAUGAGAUGACCGUCAUCCUGGCUGCUUCACACACACCUGUGAACCUUUGCUGUGAGAGCUGAAGGUCACGUAUUGAAGACGGAAACAGAACUGCUGAAAGCAAAGAGGAGACCGUGAGGCGACGCCUCAACAAGCUGGACUCCGGCUUGAAUUACAAGGUUCCUUUAGUUUUUUGAGUCUGCUGAAAUAAAAGGUGCAGCAGUU